AUGGCUUCCAACACCACAGGCUCAGCUACCAAGGUGAUUAUAGACACCGAUGUCGGUGGUGAUGACAUGAUUGGGCUUUUGAUGGCCAUGGCCGCAGCUCCUAGCAUAAUGCAAGUGGUUGCGAUAACGACAGUGUUUGGGAACGUCAACGUGGAGAGGUCUCUGAGAAACGUUAUUGCCAUGUUCUACAUCCUGUGGGAGGAAAUGAUUUGGCGAAAAAGCAAAGACAAAAAAUUUUCCUACGGAGGGUUUCAGACCUUCAAACCGGUUGUGUCGCUGGGGUCGGGCCAUGCGCUUGGCCAGCCUGUUGUGGUUAAAACGAAUGGACGCCCAUAUGGACAAGAUGGUUUAUGGAACUUCCACACAUUGUAUCCAAAGUUCACACCCGAUGACUCUUGGAAGUCUCUCUUUGACAACAGCGUUACUCCCCCUGAUAGUAAUCCUCAGUUUUAUCAGUACUUCCAUGCUUCGCGUAGGCCAUCUCACCUCGAUAUUCUCCGUAUCCUACGAGACGAGCCCGCGGACACCAUCACCCUCAUUGCUCUUGGCCCUCUCACCAAUAUAGCUCUGGCCGCUGCAGAAGACCCAGAAACCUUUUUGCGCGCUAAGGAGCUUCUGGUUAUGGGCGGUGCUAUCUCUGUACCAGGCAACAUAUCGCCCGUAUCGGAAGCCAAUGCAUACAAUGAUGCAGCGGCAGCCGCACGAACAUAUACCCUGACUAGCGCAAACCUGGCCUCUACAUUUCCAACAACUGAUUUCGGCAAAUUACAGCUGCCAGCCUAUCCGGAGCGACUCUCGAAGCAGCUGAACGUUACAAUCUUUCCCAUGGACCUUACAAAUAGUCACUGCAUCACCUACAAUACCUUCACAGAGACAGUAAAGCCCCUAGCUGAAGCUGGCAGCCCUCUCUCCACAAUGGCCUAUACAUUUAUGAAAGGCAUUCAUGACAACUGUGAUAAAGACUGCAUCUUUCUUGAAGGCACCAAUGAAGAGUGCAUCACACUGCACGAUCCGGUACCUGUCUGGUUUGCGCUCGGAAGGGAUUUUUGGAACAUAUCAGCGCCGAAGGACCUCCGAGUGGAGAGCUUGGGGCAAUGGACGAGGGGGAUGCAUGUUGAGUACAAGAUCAACAUGACAGAAGAGGCAAACAUUCCCCUGAGCCCAGGUACCCGUCAAGGAAAUCGUGUGCGUCAAGCGUUGGAGAGUCCAGGUCGAGAGGAAUUCCAAAGAAUGGUCUUGUCGCUAUUCACAGACUGA